AUGGCAGCGAAUGUGUCGGGAAACCUGGAGCUUGCAAGGUUCCUGCACCAGAUGGGCUUCAGCCAUGCAGCGGAUCGCGAUGCCUGGGGCUUCUCGCCUGCGUGCUAUGCGGCCGUGCGCGGAGACCCAGAUCUCCUGGAGGCCUUGCUGCGGCACCGAGCUGACCCGAAUGACCGGGUUCGGAAGGGUUGCCACAAGUUCGGCAUCAGCCGUAACACUUCCCUGUUGGCUCUCUGCGCAUUCAACGGCCACAAUGACUGCUUGAGAUUGCUGAUCGCGAAGCACGCCCAUGUGGACGCCAAGGAUGUGAUCUGCUCUGGGCCCCUUCAUGCGGCCUGCGGCGCCAACAAUGCG